CUCGGCUUCUAAACCCUAAUCUUAAAUAAAACGCCAAUUCCGCCGUUUUGGUUGCGAUCCACUAUCGAUUACGAACCAGGGGAGCAGUGCGGACGGCGCGGUUCGGAGAAGGCGAGGUGCCGUCUUGGGAGCAUUAGAGAUCGAGAGAGGUAGCAAGCGAUGCCGCCGGUGGAGGAAGAAGAACGAGGCGUCUUUGAGCAAGACGACGAACUUGAUGACAGUGAUGGAGAUGACAGCGACAUGGAAGACGACCUGGAUGAUGAUGAGGAAGAGUUUCCCGAUGUGUCACCGCCGCCGCACUCUCAGCCGCCGUUUCGUCCUAAAGAAGAAUCCAAUUCUCCCAUCACUUUCCUCAACCCUAACCCUAACCAUGCCGCCGCGUCAACGCGAACAGCCCCUCAGAACGGGUCGAUUAAGGCUGUCCCCAUCUCGCAAAACGAUGUUUUUACUCCUCCACCUGCGCAUAUCGUGUCAGCGGCUGAGGAAUCCCGGCGCGUGGCGUCGGCGGCUUCGGUGGACGAUUCCCGGAGGCUGUUCCAGCGGCUUUGGACUGACGAGGAUGAGAUCACAAUUCUGCAAGGGUUCUUAGAGUUCACAACACAGCGGGGGACGACCCACGCAUCUCACCAAUACGACACCGGUCCUUUCUACGAGCAGAUCAAGAAGCAGUUACAGCUGGAGUUCAACAAAAAUCAGCUCAUCGAGAAACUCCGUCGUCUGAAGAAGAAGUAUCGGAACGUCGUCAACCGCAUGGUUUCGGGCAAGGAAUUUGCCUUUAAGAGCGCCCACGAGCAAGCCACCUUUGAGAUCUCCAGGAAGAUCUGGAGUGCCAGCAUCAAGCGCAGCAGAGACAGCGAAGAUGAUGAGUUCACACCCAAUCCUUCAUCUGCUGUUGUGGAAUUUGAUUCUGGAUUUGGUGUUGGCACUAUUGCAGCUGAUGGCUCCCUGAGCUCAGAUAGGAAACUAUCAAGGUCUUCGAAAAGAAGAAUAAGGAUUAGGAAUUCUGAACAAGAGGCUGCUGCUGCAGCAGCGGCCGCGGCAGCGGCCGCCGCUGCUGCGGCUGCUGGGGUGGCUGUGGAGGUUCCGAUAGCUGCACCGCCGGAUCCACCAUUUUCUGUUCCAAUUCCAAGCAUUAUUGAGGAAACUGUGAAGAGUUGCUUAUCGCCGUUAUUUAAGGAGCUCCUGCAGUCUGCAAUGGCUGGGCCUCAGGGAGGGCUCAUACCUGGGAUUGGAUGCCUUGGUGGUGGUGGUUUACUUGGGAUGAAUCCUUUGCAAUUGGGAAUUGGAAAUUUGCAAGGGAAUCUCCCAGUUGAUGAGAAGUGGAGAAAUCAGAACAUUCUUGAGCUAGAGGUGUACCUUAAACGGAUAGAGCUCAUGCGGGAUCAGAUAAAGUUGACUUUGGACGAGCUCAAGUCAUCAACGCCAUCUGCUGGUGAUUGAUUGGAGAAAUUCUAACCUUUGUUUGAUAAGUGAACCCUACCUUCAUUUGCUGCUCUUGUUAGUUUCAAUAAUCUACCUAUUGAGACAAUAAAAAUAUUCUGACGUAGCUUUCUCCAUGUUAUUUAAAUCCUGCUUGGUCGUAAUUGUCUUUUGAUAGGGUGACCCAGAAAAUGGUUGGAAGAUGGAAGAUUGUGCUUCUCUACAAUUUGAAACCAUCUCUAUUUUUUGCAUAUAAUUAUUGUGCAUAUUUUUCUUUUGAUACGGCAUUAGGGAUAUUCAGGCUGUAAUGGAUGGCACAUAAACAGUUUUAAGCACUUACUCCAACCCUCUUCAGGUUCUAUGAGAGGGCAGGAGACAGUUUACACUUGUGCAUUUAUUUGCUCAUAUGUUUGAUUUGCUUUAUAUGUUUGGGCCUAUAUAGCCUAACUUGAUCGGUAUAAUUUCAUAUAUAAUGUCUCAAAAUUUAGGAUA